GCGCCGUGAGGUGGCGGCCAUCUUGGCGGCGGAGCGAUGAGCGCGUCGAACCCGAAGGCAGCGACCGCGGGGUCGGCGGCCGGACCCGGCGGGCUGGUGCCUGGCAAGGAGGAGAAGAAGAAGGCGGGCGGCGGCGUCCUGAACCGGCUCAAGGCGCGGCGGCAGGCGCCCACACACACCGACGACGGCACCGGGGCCGCGGUCACGGAGCAGGAGCUGCUGGCGCUGGACGCGAUCCGCCCUGAACACGUCCUGCGCCUCAACCGGGUCACAGAGAAUUAUUUAUGUAAGCCUGAAGACAAUGUCUACAGUAUUGAUUUUACCCGCUUCAAAAUUCGAGAUCUGGAGACGGGGACAGUGCUCUUUGAGAUCGCCAAGCCUUGCAUCUCAGACCAAGACCAGGAUGCAGAGGAGGAAAGUGUCGAUGUGGAUAUCAGUGUGGGUCGUUUUGUUCGCUAUCAGUUCACACCAGCAUUUCUCCGCCUCCGGACAGUUGGUGCCACGGUGGAGUUCACAGUGGGGGACAGACCUGUGUCAAACUUCCGCAUGAUUGAGCGGCACUACUUCCGGGAGCGGUUGCUGAAAAACUUUGACUUUGAUUUCGGAUUCUGCAUCCCCAGCAGCAGAAACACGUGUGAGCACAUCUACGAGUUCCCGCAGCUCUCUGAAGACGUCAUUCGCCUGAUGAUUGAAAACCCGUAUGAGACCCGCUCAGACAGCUUCUACUUUGUUGACAACAAGCUGGUAAUGCACAACAAGGCUGACUAUGCCUACAAUGGAGGCCAGUAGCUGCUGCAGGAGCCACAGGGAAGGUCCUUUGCUGCCACCGUGAGACACACAGAGGGAUUGCAGUUGCUGUUUGUCAACACUCACCUUGAGCCUGGUGCAGGAAGCUGCAGCUAGGGUGGCGGUAUUCUGAGUGCCAAGGAGGUGCUGGCCAGCAGUUUCUUUUCCAGUGUUUUUUCCCCUGCCCCCUAGUUCACAGAGGUAUUAUAGUGAGGUAAAAGAUUAGGAUAAGGUUCCUGGGGUCCAGACAAAAAAGCUUAUUUCUGUGUGGUCUG